CCUCACACCUUCAUACAUUUCUUCAAUUCUCAAUUUCCCACUCAAACAACGAAGAUCGCCGACGAUGGAGAAAGGAUCUGAAAAAUCCGGCUCAUCUGAGUCAAAAUCGAUGGAGAACGUCGCUUACCUCGGAACCUUCCUCACUUUACCAAUGGAAACAACCGUCGGCGAAGGUGGUUUCGAGAACAAAACCCGAGUAGCUUUCAGUGACAAGCAGACGGGUUCCUACGGACGUGCAACGGCGACGGAGAAAGUCUCCGCCGGAGACUUUCAGUGGAAGAACGGAAAAAGUGGAACAAGGAAUGAAUACAAGGAAACUUCUACUGUCAGAAUCGGAGACAAGAGUGGGUACACAGAGGUCUACAACGAGCAGAGGGUUCGCAAUGUGAGUUUCAACAACAACAAUGACAGCAAGAACGUCAUAGCAUACGACCAUGGCUAUGGUGGUAACUAUGGUGGGCAUGGGUAUGAUUCUGAUUCUGACAAUGGCGAUGGUGUUGAGUAUGGUGGGUAUGUGUAUUAUUCCGAUUCUGAUUCUGAUUAUUAGGUGUUGUUUAAUCCUAGGGUUUAUGUGAGUAAUGGUUUUUAGGUUUAUGACAGUAUUAUGAUCUUGGAAUAAAGCUUCUCCAGAUCUUUAUCUGUUAGUGUUUGCUUUUGAAAUGAUGAUAGUUUGUUUUCUGGAUUUUUGCUAAUGGCGAUUUCAGUAAAAUGGUGUAGUUUUUGUUUGAAUGGACUAAAGCUUAUAUUUUAUUUGUAUGAUGCUAAAUAAUAUGGGGCUAAUUUUCAAACAACUGAAGUUUUAUGUUUAAAAGAACUUUUAAUGUGAAGUGAACACUUUUUAAAAUUAGAAAAGUCUAUAUAAUAUGUAAUGUAAUAGUCUUGAUAAGUA